AUGAACACCAUCCUGUCUGAACGUCAGAGGGAUGAGCUGCACAAGGCCAUCCUCGACUAUCUAAACGCCAGCGGAUUUUCCGAAUCAUUUGUUGCACUGAAAAGCGAGACUCAGAACGACGAGUUUAUUCCCGAUCCAAAGACAAAGUACGCCGGCCUGCUUGAAAAGAAAUGGACGUCUGUCAUUCGACUGCAAAAGAAGAUUAUGGAUCUAGAGAGCAAGGCCAACCAAAUGCAAGAAGAACUCAACAAUGCGCCUGUACGCAAGCAAACGAGCUCUGUCGAUUGGAUCCCUCGGCCACCAGAGAAGCACGAUCUGACGGGCCAUCGCAGUCCCAUCACGCGUGUCGAAUUCCACCCAGUCUAUCAAAUCUUGGCAUCAGCCUCUGAAGAUACGACGAUCAAAAUCUGGGACUACGAAUCCGGAGAUUUCGAAUGCACCCUCAAGGGCCAUACCAAGGCCGUGCAGGACCUUGCCUUUGAUCCCAAGGGCAACUAUCUCGUAUCGUGCUCUGCCGAUCUUACGAUCAAGGUGUGGGACGUGAACAACGACUACAAGUGUAUAAAGACGCUUUACGGCCAUGACCACAGCGUGUCGUCGGUAGCGUUCUUGCCCUCGGGCGACAAGAUCGUUUCGUCCUCGCGAGACAAGACAAUCAAGAUCUGGGAGUUUGCUUCGGGCUACUGCACAAAGACAUACACGGGGCAUCUUGAAUGGGUUAGAUCAGUACUUCCAAGCGAAGACGGACGGUUACUUGUCACUGCAUCGAAUGAUCAGACAGCACGAUUGUGGGAUACGCAGACGGGCGAAUCAAAAAUCGAGCUCCGUGGCCAUGAGCAUGUUGUAGAGUGUGCCAUCUUUGUACCGAACAACGCCUAUCCCUACAUCCAGGAGCUGAUUGGCGACGAGACCAAGUCGAAGGAUCAAAGCACACCCGGACGCUAUGUGAUCACCGGGUCAAGAGACAAGACGAUAAAGGUGUGGGACAGCAGUGGACAGAUGCUGCAUACGUUUAUUGGACAUGACAACUGGGUCCGUGGACUGGUCGUGCAUCCCAGCGGCAAGUACUUGCUGAGUGCAUCCGAUGACAAGACGAUCAAGAUUUGGGACCUGAAAACAGGCCGCUGCAUGAAGACGUUGGAGGCCCAUGACCACUUUGUCACUUGCAUAUCGUACUGCCAAAUCAGCCCUGUCGUUGCCACAGGCAGUGUGGAUCAAACUCUCAAGAUCUGGCAAUGCCGAUAA